GACUCGCUACACGCGUCCUAACCUUGUCGCGUCCAACCGAAAUGCAUGUAAAUAUUGCGCGCGUGCGAUUCGAAACAGAUAUGCGCGCGCGGGAAAUUUGACAUUUUUGACGUUUGAUUCGCGCCUUUUUUUACAACUAGUGUCUAUAUAGUCUGUGAUCUGUGAAGGUUUUUAGUGAUUUAUAAACGUGGCUGUGAUUUGAAUUGAUUUUCAGUGAACUAUUUGAUUUGGAAACGACAAUUACUAAUGUUAUUACUAAAUGGAUUAUAUGAAUGUGUCGAUCGAAGCUCUUGCGAAUUGAAGCUGUUAUUGCUUUAUAAACAUGAGAAACUCGUAAUUUCUUGAGGUUAACAAAACAUUACUGCAAUAAACACUUAAGCUACGGGCAAACAAAGUCUUUACUAAUAGGUGCGGAUAGGUAAAACAAUCACAGCGUCCGCGCACUUGGCAAAUAUAUCAGUCUCCACAGAAAUAUAUAAAUUGAACUUUCAAUACAAAAGAACUUAACUUACAAUACAAGAAAUUAAGAACUAAAUUAUUAUUUAAAGUGUUCGUGAGAGACCAUAGUACAUUGUACAUAGUACUGAGUAACACGGAAUUACAUUGAUGUGAUAAGUCGUCAGUGAUGGAACACCCGGGUGGUUUUGCGGCGUCACCUUGGGCGGCCAUGUUGGGGCACGGCAUGCAUGGCAUGAUGCAGCAUGAGUAUGCGCAUGGACAUGCACACGCAUCCAUGCCAAUGGACCUGCAUGUACCGCAGGCUUUUCCCUACUAUCGGUACCGAGAAGAUGCUCUGUGUUGGGCCGACAGAAAGCCAUCGGUAGAUGGCGCUAAUUCUACAUCAGUCAAUAGUCGAUAUUUUGCACAAGAGAACUGCAUUCUCGAACUACGGAAGGAGAAGAGCAGAGAUGCAGCGAGAUCUCGCCGCGGGAAGGAGAACUACGAAUUCUACGAGCUGGCGAAGAUGCUGCCCCUGCCGGCUGCUAUCACCAGCCAGCUGGACAAGGCUUCCAUCAUCAGGCUGACCAUCAGCUACCUCAAGCUACGGGACUUCUCCGGACAUGGAGAUCCACCAUGGAGUCGGGAUACUCCACCGACAAGCAAAGCGCUUAAAAGUACUCAGAGAGGCCGGUCGGGGGCGGGUCUUGCAAUGGAGUUGUUUGAACAGCACCAGGGUACACAUAUACUGCAGUCUCUGGAUGGCUUCGCCCUGUCUGUGGCCGCCGACGGCAGAUUCCUGUACAUAUCUGAAACUGUCUCUAUAUAUUUAGGAUUAUCUCAAGUGGAGAUGACGGGGAGUAGCAUAUUUGAUUAUGUUCACCAGGCUGACCAUGGAGAGAUCGCUGAACAGCUUGGACUAUCUCUGACAGGGCGGGGAGGCCCGGGACUCAAUAGUCCAGCAUCUGGGAGUGAAGAGGGAAGUCAGCAUGGAACCAACAACCCUGAUGUAUCAGCUCAAAUGACACUAGCAGCAAGCGGAUCUCUGUUUCGUGGAAUGGACAGAGCAUUUUGUGUUCGAAUGAAAAGUACACUAACAAAACGGGGAUGUCAUUUCAAGUCUUCAGGAUACAGGGUGGUGUUAAUGCUAUGCCGCCUGCGACCGCAGUAUACAUUCUCCCACAGUCGGAAAACUCCGCCAUCCUUACUUGGCAUGGUAGCACUAGCCAUCGCCCUGCCACCUCCUUCAGUGCACGAGAUAAGACUGGAGUCUGAUAUGUUUGUCACAAGAAUUAACUUCGACUUUAGAAUAGCCCAUUGCGAGCCAAGCAGGGUACAGGAGUUACUGGGAUAUACGGCGGAGGAGCUAACGGGGAAGAAUCUGUACGCUCUAUGUCAUGGCGAGGACGCGAACAAACUAAGAAAAUGUCACGUAGACUUAAUAAAUAAGGGGCAAGUGCUGACACACUACUAUAGAAUAAUGAACAAACAUGGCGGUUACACCUGGAUGCAGACUUGUGCCACCGUUGUUUGCUCCUCGAAGAAUGCUGAAGAACAGAACGUCAUCUGUGUCAACUAUGUCAUAAGUGGCCGUGAAUACCCCAAUACAGUCAUGGAUUGCUGUCAAUUAGAAGAAAGUGUUCAAGGUGUAAAAAGGGAAGAAGCUACAGGUGAUCCAGAAAAUGGCCCUCCUGAUGCAGAUACUCCUGGAGGUCCACCUCCAAAUACGAGACAUGCAAUAGAAAGAUCUGAAACAUCCUCUAACUCUGACUCUGUAUCAAACGCACCGCCAAAUUCUGAUGUCACGCAUCUAACAAGACUCAACGAUACUCAACCUCUUUCGCUACACACAACACCAGACAGAACGUCUCCUAUGCCAGCACGGAGAUUAAAGAAACGCAAACACACUACAGAUGAUGACGAUGGUGAUAAAGAGGAUGAAAGGCGAAAGAGCUCUUCUAAUCCGGGAGCAACCAUAUCACCUGUAGAACGUGAUAUAAGCAAAGCUAAUAUAGGAAUCCCUGUAAGCACAGACGCAACAUCAGUGAGGGAUUUAGAAAACGCUAUGUCGAAACAUUUACCUGCAUUGGAUGGUAAAGAAAUUUCACAUCGGCCAACUGACUUUUCAACAGACGCACUACUAAAGCAACAACAACAGAAAUCUGCCAUCCAGUGGAUAGGGACACAGAACCAUCACUUGAAUCAUCUCAAUAGACAAAUACAAGGUAAUCAUACUUCCACACCGGCAUCUACGUUGUUAAGACAAUUAUAUGCCAGUAGAGAAAGUGUUAUAAGAAGUAACUUCCUAGGCGAUGCCAGAACGGGUGGUUAUUAUUCCGGAGAUGGACAAUCUGGACCGCUGCCAACUCCUCCUGGUAGCGAAGGUUCUAGUUAUGGUGAACAACUAGGUCACAAGAGCGCAGAUCUAUCGCUAGCUUACGGAAGUUAUGCUGACUACCACUCUGCUAUGACGCCACCAGGAUCAGUAUCGCCUCGUGAUAAACAACAAUAUAGUCUGCCAUAUGAUAACACUGCAUAUACAGAGGCGUUACGACAUCCUUAUUUGGGUGAUACUCCAUUGCCAUUGAAACCACAAGCAUAUUCGGCCGUACCAGGCGCGCUAGACUAUGCGUCAUCAAUAGAUCAAUCACAGUUUUUCCAUCCUGCCUCGUCAUUCCAUCUCUAUCAUCCUCAGACCCAUUCCACUCAUCCGUCUCACUCACACCAGACCGUUGACAAAUCAGGCCCGCCAAAUACUAAUUGGUAUUCAAGCAGCUCAUAGCCAUAUUAAUGAGAAACUUUCACGAUAGCGUCCUUAUGGUUCCCCGGAUAUUAUUCAAUGUUAAUUUGUGAAAGGACUUUUAUUUGAGUAUCGAUAACGGUUUUGUAAAUACAUAAUAUAUCAAACAUUCCAUUUAAGUAAACCUAAAGACUCGUUCUAAUACUCAAAAUCGACAGAUGUUUUUCUCAACAUUGUAUUUAUCAAUUAAUUGUAAUGUUUAGUCAAUGAGCACAGUUAAUGACUCGUGUUAAGACAACCAAGUAGUCGCGAUAAGGCUAUUGAAAUAAAAUUAGCUUUUUGCAUAUCAUUUUUAAUAUAAUUAUAUAAUAUAAGCUUUUGUAAAUGGCUGUACAAUAGUUAGCACCUGACUGCAUCUAGUUUAAUAAAACCCUGUAAUUAUAAAAUAAAAAUUAGAUCGUAAAGUAUGUAUUAUAUUCUUUUGGAAAUAAGAUUUCAUUGUACAUAAUUAGUAUUUAAUGUGUUUUUGGCGACGCUCAGACUUUUGUUAAGUUUAUUCUUAGGUUAGUUAUUUUGUAAUUUAAAUGUUACUUUAUUUUUGUUCAUGCCACAAAUUAUGAUAUGACGCCUCUCUAUAAAUAAAAUAUAUUUGAAGCAGUAUUUAUGACAAUUACUAAAUGUAUCAUAUUUUAUUUCAUUUUAAAUUUAUCAAUAGUGGGAAAUAUACCCAUAGGUAUUUACUUAGUGGCAACAUUACUUUUCUAGAGCGUCUUCUAAGAUAUUAAAAUUACUAUGAUAAUUUAGAACAGAUAAUUUAGAACUUAUUAUAAUAUUUUGUUUGCUUGAAGCCCAAACAAUCCCAUGACAGUGUUUUGUUGUUUAAUACUCGAGUUUGAAUUAUACAUUCCGUUGAAUUACUUUUUUCACGUUUUAUUUGUUGUCAAUUUUACAUUUACCUAGAUGUUGUAUUUACGCUACUCAUGUGCAAUAAGGAUGAAAAUGUUAUAUAAUUCGAAUUGAUGGCUUCGUUAACAUAGUUUUCUAACUUAAGACAAUUAAAAUUAUGAAAUUGUAAAAUAUAAAAUUGCUAGGUUACGAUUACUGUCGAAACUUUCUGUUAUUAUGUUCAGCUCUGAACUGAUAUUGUUUUAUAAUUAUUUUCUUGAAAUUAAUUUUAUUUGUCCAAAUAAAAUAAGAAUUUUACAGUAUCA